AUGCAUGAUGUUGCAAAAAUUUAUGAUCAUGGUAAAACGUUUUUGACUUUUAAUGAAGAAAAAGAAAAUUUAUCAAAACAAAUUUUGCAAAUUAAAGAUGAAUAUAAUGAUUUAAUUAAAGAGAAGGAUAAAACAAUUGCAGAAUUUAAGAAAUCAAUGACAGUACUUAGGUUUAAUAAUAUCACUCUAACAAAUAACAAUAAUGAUCUAAAUUCAAAAAUAUUGGGAAAAGAUGCUGCAAAUGAUGAAUUAAUAAAAAAAAAUUUUGAACUUCAAAAUUUUUAUUCAACGCUAAUAGUUAAAUAUAAUGAUUUAGUUCAAGAAUAUAAUAACUUAAAAGAAAAGCUACUGUCACAAAUAGCUAUAAAUGAAGGAUUAUAUGAAAAACAAAAUAAUCAAUAUGUCAGUCA